AUGAAGUCUUUGGCACGAUAUUCCAGCUUUGUCAGCCCUUGUAGAAUACAUACAUUGGUUGUACCAAUUGGGAAAUGGAAACGGAAGGACUUUAAUGAAGCUGUGAGUAAACUGAACGAAUUCAAUGAGGUUAGGUUGUUGGAUAUUACGCCAUUCGAUAGUCCACUAUUUACACCUCAAGGAUUCCCUCAGGGCAGAUUAUUCUUCGAUUUUAACAUUCAGGGCCAUAAUGAUUCCUUAGAUCUAUUUCUAUACGAUUUUGAACCUUUCAGAAAAACAUUCAUAGUAAUUGGUUUGGUUAAUGAUUCCAGUAAUGCUACCAAGAAUUUUGAAGUGCUAAAAGAGAAGUAUUCCACUAUUAUAUCUCACAAUUUAAUCUAUACGAGCGACAUAGGCUCAAUUAACGAACUAAAUGUUUUUGUUUCAGACCUUAAUGCAUCGAGCAAUAUAGAAACUAUUAUCUGCGACAUAGGCAAAAGCUUUUUAGAGUCUCUGUCACAUUACUAUUCUUCCUAUAAACAUGUGACACUUCGAUCCCCUGGAUCCGUAGGCGGUAAUACAAUUUUGAAGGCAUCUUUAACAAAACACUCUGCAAGGCAUAUAUAUACAAGAUCACCUUCUACCAACAAUGCCAGUACAAUGUCGUCAAAAAGGCUAUCGUCAAUUGAGAUGGCUACAAAUAAUAUCAAGAGAGCAACCUCUAUGAAAUUAGCUAGCUCUUUAUCUACUUCAGACAGCCGAGCUCAGCAAAGGGCUAAGGGAAGGCAAAUGAAAAUUUUGGGUAAUUUUCAGUUACUGGCUGGUAGGUAUACCGACGCAUUAGAAACUUUUACUGAAUCAGUUGUGAUAUUACAUAAAAUACGCGAUUAUCUGUGGUUAGGUUCAGCUUUCGACGGUAUUGCAAUAUGCUUUAUACUUUUAUCGUACCUAGAGAUUCCAUUUCAAAUUCCAGAAAUUGUGGAUAGUCUUUGUCCCAUUGAAAUAACAAAUUCUCCAAGUGAGUCAAAUACACCAAGGAAUAGCGUAUCUCUCAGUCAGUUUCAAUCGCCAAGGAGUUCGAUAAAUUUCUCUCCAAACAGUUUUACAGCAGAUUCGGAGAAUGUAAAUUUACCUAUAUUGAUUAAAUCCAUUUCAGAAAAAGUUUUAUACUAUUACGACUUAAGUCUACCACACAACAGUGAAUAUGCACCUCAGGUUGUGUAUGCUAACUGCUUGGUGAAGAUCCUUACGUUUAUGGUAUCAUGUAGCGCCUCAGACACACUAUCAAGCGAAGUAUUAACAACCAUAGUUCAUGGCACUUUAGUGAAGCCGGACUUGACUAUAGGAAAUAUAGAAAAUGCUCUGUUCUUAAGAGAGGAAAUCUAUUCUUUUUCAAAUAGAAUAUUUGAUCUUCAAUUGAAAAAUAUGGAUGCGGAAGCCCAGUGCACCAUAUAUAUAACGCUAGCUCUCGUGUACAAAUCUUUAGGAUUUGAAAGAAAAGAAGCCUUUGUGCUAAGACUACUUCUUGUGUCACUUGUGGCAAAUGAAGAAAAUCUUUAUAGAUAUUCAGAUUUCAAAGAAUUAUUCUCCACAAUACUAACUUUGUAUAAAAUAAAGGAAUAUAAACCAAAAGAUGCUAAAGCGAGUGUUUCAAACCAGUCCUGGAUACUAUUACAGAAAAAUGUUUUGCAAGUAUGUUUGAAGGUUGCGGAAAAGGCAGGCAAUGAAAGAUACAUUACAAAAAUUUCCGUCAUGCUUCUCAGCCAAUACGCUCAUACCUUAAACUCAAUCGAGCAGAAGUCAAUAUUCAAAAAGUACAUAAGACCAAGCAUAGUCAAUGGAAGAAUAGACAGUUACUGGGAUCCUUACAUUCUAAGAGGUAUAAGCCUCCGAAGAUUAGAAUUCGAUCAACCUGGUACAACCAGUGCUACCAUUCCAGUGGAAUCUGAAAUUCAAAACACCAAAAACCAGAACAAAUCGUUUGAUGACAGCAAGGUUUUUAAUCCUUUUAAAAAACAAAAUGACAAUAGCAUCACUCAUACAAGUGAUUUAGAAUCCAUGAAUAAUACUUUCUUGAUUGGAGACAGGGCUGAGAUAAUAUUUGUGGUCCAAAAUCCGUUUAAAUUUGAAGUGGAAAUAAGUCAAGUUCAACUUUGCGGCAGCAUUAGUGAAUUCUGUGAAUUUAGAGAGGAGCCCUACAUUUCGCACGAAAAUCCUUUCAAAAUCAACCCGGAGUCUAUUGUCUCCAUUACAUUACCUUUAACAUUCAGAAAAGCUACACAUCAAGAGUAUAUUACGAGUGACUCAGUGUCCUUUUCGUUGUAUGGUCUGUCGUUCACUGAAUAUAAAUGUGCUCCGUAUGAGAGGGAAAAUCUAAAAUAUAUUGAAAAUCAACAGAAUGAACAAUUCAAAUAUGGCGCUACAAUAAUCAAGAUCCUACCUGAACAACCCCAUAUAGAAAUACUAAAUAGUUCUUCUUUUGUGCCAAUAUCUCUGAUGAUUUUGGACGGAACAAAGACAACAUAUCCCGUCAUGAUACAUAAUAAGUCGUUGAACUGCGCGGUAGAUUACUUAAACUUCAAGACGGUGACAAAUAUUGAGCUUUCUAUGAAAUCUGAUUAUUGGAAAAAUGUAAGAGCAGAUGAUUUAUUUUCGCUAGAGAAAAAGCUACAGUGGCUAGAGAAUUCUGCUAUACAAAUUAUGGAUUGUCCUAAGAGACUGGGACCGAAUGAAACAUUUGAAGUGGAAUUAGAAAUUGAUACUUCAGGAAUUCCUUUGGAUUUCAAUUCAUUUGAUUUAGUUAUUGAAUAUGGAAUGACUUCAAAGGAUAACUCUCGUCUUUAUGCUAAGGAGUGUCGGGUCACCUUUGAUGUCACUUUAACGAAAACUAUUGAAGUAUCCAGUGUAGAUGUUAUUCCAGUGAAUGAAACGAUGGUCCAAGAAAACGGUGGUCCUACCUGGCUUAAGUACAUACAUAAAAGCCUAGCGGCAGAUAAAUCUCUCCACUAUUUUGAUUUUGCAUUGUUUUUGAUUGAUGUUAGAAAUUCCUGCUUAAAUGCAGUGUCUUUGGAAAUUCAGUUUUCAGAUUAUAAGUCAGUCAUUUCGAAUAUUGAGUCCAAUCAUAGCUCAAGAGUUAUAGUGCCAGUAAAGAAAAUUUCGUAUUUGACAAAAGAUUUAGCAAAGAUGCCAGUACCGACAAUUACAAAAGGUAGGCAGUUUAUUCAAAGUGGUCUGAAGAAAAAUCAAGAAAUAGAGAUGAGAGAGAGCUUUUGGUGUACUGAAUAUAUUUUAGAGAACUUAAAGUGUACCUGGGUACCAUUCGACAGGAGCUCCAUGGUAGGCUCAGUCUCUUUCAGGAAGUUCUUCAGAAUUUUUGAUUCAAAAAUGGUUUCAAUACUAUAUCAAGGAUCCGCCUCCUAUAAUAUACUCACGUCUACAGAAAGCCACGAGAAUAAGGUAGGAGAUAGGAUCAAUAUUAAAGCGGUAAUAACACCCUCAUCCCCUAAGAAAAUUGUUAAAGAGGAUUCACUAAUAGUUACCUUGACGAUAUUUGAUAAACUGACACUGAAACUUCUCUCAAAAUCGAACAAGCGCAUAUUAUACAAUGGCAGUCUAAUGGACUAUAUUGACCCAAAUAUCACCAGCAAAGUGUCUUUUGAACUUUUGGUAUUGGAGCGUGGGCAUUAUGAGAUUUGUGUCGCGUUAUCAAGAAUGCAAGAUCCCGAUCACAUUGUGCCAGCUAAUUCCAAUCCAGUUUCAUUGCUUGUAUCGUAA